GUAGCAUGCCCGGAUCACGGGUGCCGCCAACGAGACCACCCAAUUCAAGCCGUCGGCACCGCAGGAAUGGACUUUGACGACAUGAGCAGCUUGCAGAUCGAGGAUCUCGGGAGAUUCCUCAGCGAACACAUGCCUGCAGAACCCGGGGCGGAGGAUUGGAAGGGAUUCUCGUUGGGGUAUGCAGACGAGGAAGGGUCGUCUCCACACGCCGGGUCGUCGACAACAACCAGCCAACCCGCCGCGACACACACGCAGUUCAAAAGCGCUUUGUUGUCGAAUAGUCUACCAAACUCGCCGUUUCCGAGUGUCCUGCCCUUGCUCACUCGUCAAGCCCUGGACUCUGCCAUGUCCGAGUUUAGCGACUUCAGUCUCGAAGAAAAAGCCAUUGAACCCCCCGCAGUCGUUCAUCAAACCAUUCAGCUGCCUUCAGAAACGCCAUCACCGCAGCUCACUCAAACCCGGACUCAAUCUCAGCAGCACAAUCCGACGGUGCAACUCCCCACGUUGGCAGCAACCACAUCGUCCACCACACCUUCUAGCAUGAAGAGGCCGUUUGGAGUCAUGCAGUCGUGCGACAGCUCUAGUUGUAGCACCAUUGGGGGGGGGCACGAUGGCGGUGCAUUCGACGACGAAGACGACCGCGGCUUUCGCAAAAAGUCGCGCGAGAAAAUGCGGCGACACGAAGUCAACGUGAAGUUUGAUGAGCUCACGAUCCUCCUGGGCAUGAACGACAAAGUCCGGAAAAGUGCCGUCCUGCAAGAAGCCAUCACAACGAUUAAGCUGCUUACACGAGAGCGCGAUGAACUGCGCGUCGAUCGCGACCGCAUGAAGCAAGAAGUGAGCAAGCUCGCGUCGUGUCUGCAGUUCUCCCACAUGGGGUCCAUGGUCGCAGCCAACGCCAUGGCCAUGACACAAAUGCCAUCCCCAGCCGGGCCGACGGGGCAUUUCCCCAUGGCCCCUCCUGGCUACGGCAUGUCGUUCCACCCGUACAUGGCGCCGACUGGUGCUGCCCCACAACACAUAAUCCCUCCAGCGUCGCUGUGUCCACCCAUCGCUCCCAAGAUCGAAGCCAAGCCCAAAUCUGGAUAACAUUCCCGAGUACAGCCACGCUGACCAAACCCGCCACUUCGAUCGAGGUGG